UAGUGAAUUAGUGAGAGUGCCAUAACCGGUGUUACUUGGGUGGAUGACAGUAAUGUUGGUUAUUUAAAACUUUUCUUUCAUGUUCUGUGAGUGCACUUUGUUACAGUGAUGAUUUUACUUGAGAUUAAUAAUAGAAUUUUAGAAGAGACAUUAACUAAUAGAAUAAAAAAUGCCUUGUCAGGCCACAAGCCUGAGUCCAUUGAUAUUACAAUUGCUGACUUUGAUGGAGCUUUAUUUCAUGUUUCAAACUUUAGUAAAGACAAAUCAAAAAUUAGAAUUAGUAUAUUACUGAAAUUUUACAAACAACUUCAAGAACAUGGUGCAGAUGAAUUGCUCAAAAGAGAAUAUGGUUCUUAUUUAAUAGAACCCGAGAGUGGUUAUAAUGUGACUGUGCUAAUAGAUUUGGACAAUUUAAAUGAUGACUGGGAAUCAUUGAUCAAGAAGAUAGGUUUGCUUAAAAGACACUGUUUUGCAAGUGUUUUUGAAAAAUAUUUUGAUUUUCAAGAAUAUUAUUUUGAUUCACAAGAUGCUGGAAUAAAAAUGCAUAAAAGAGCAGUUAUUGAAUAUCGGGAUCAAGAGUAUAUGUAUGUAGAAGCAAAAAGUGACAGAGUCACUGUAGUCUUUAGUACUAUAUUUAAAGACGAAGAUGAUAUGGUUAUUGGAAAAAUGUUUUUACAAGAGUUGAAAGAGGGACGUAGAGCAAGCCAUACGGCACCCCAAGUUCUAUUUAGUCAUCGUGAACCACCACUUGAGUUGCAAGACGCUGGAGCGCCAAUUAAUGAUUGCAUAGGAUAUAUCACAUUUGUUUUGUUUCCUAGACAUACUAGCAGGGAAGCUCGUAACAAUACAAUAGAUUUAAUUCACAUGUUCAGGCAUUAUCUACAUUAUCAUAUAAAAUGUAGUAAAGUUUACAUUCAUUCGAGAAUGCGAACUAAAACAACUGACUUUUUGAAAGUAUUAAAUCGUGCAAGAUCGCAACCAAAAACUACAGAAAAGAAGACUAUCACGGGUCGAACGUUUAUCAGAAAAGAGUAGAGGCGAAGCAUACGAAGGAUUUGAUCUAACCUAUCAAAUUAACAUUUUGAUAUAUAAAUAGAUGAUAGCUUUUCUUCUGCGAAAAUAAAAAUGUGUAUUUGUAUUCUAGAUCAAGAGAAGAAUUUUACAAUGAGAAAAAAAAAUAUAUAGACGUGGUAAUGAAGUAUUAAAAGGAAAAACCAUUUCAGAUUUGAAAUUUUUAUUUACGGAAAAUACUUAUCAAUUUGAUUUGAUGUUAAAAAAAUUAUGUACUGCAUAUAUUUAUAUUAAUAUUAUUAUUAACAUGUUACAUUGACAACUUUAUAAACUUCCAAGUUAUAUACUACACAUUCACACAUAUUUACCUUUUACAUUAAUAUUUUCUACAUAAUGUUCAGGUUAGAAAUGAAAAAUUGAGAUGUUGAAUAUUUUUAAUUAGUGAAUUUCCCGGUAUUGGGAGAAGAAUUAGUUAAAUUUGUUCAGUGUAAAGUAAAAGUAAAUUUGAUUUCAAAAGAAUACUGGAUAUUGCAAUAAAAUGUUGGAAAACUUAAAAA